GAAUCCAAUAGACAAAUUACCCAGGACACAUAUGAUCCUGUAGACUUUAAUAGAUGCCCCAUAAAUACUGAAAUAGAACAACAUGGAAAUAAACUUAACUCAUUUGAAGAAAACCAAAAAACUGAAAAAGUGAAAGAAGUAUGAAACGAACUUUACAGCAGUCGCUUUUGGGAUUUUUUCCAAAGAAGGGGAAAACUAAUGAUGAACUGAACCCUCAAAACGAUAAAAUCCUAACUACGCCGAGUAUGGAUAUUAGUACAGAUGGGGAUGCUCCAACUCCCUCCACCUCAGAUAGAAACAGAGAAACAAGCCAUGCUGGUCUGGAUUCUGGUAUGGACUACGAUUUUGGUAAAUAUUUAUCAAAUAAUCCAAAAAAUGACGAAGAAAAAUUAACAGUUUUAAAAGAAACUUGGACCUCUCCAGAGACUUUUAAGUUCCCCGUCUGUGGUAAAAGAAAACUUUGUUUUCAACGUCAUUGGACCCAAAAGAAUCCAUGGUUAGUAUAUUCAAAUAUGUUACAAGGAUCAUUAUGCAAAAUGUGCGUUUUAUUUGAACAGACCGAAGGUGGUCGCGGUGAUCAGAAACUUGGAAGUUUUGUCACAAAACCAUUUAAUAACUGGAAAAAAGCUCUGGAAAAAAUGGAACAUCAUCGAAAUACAAAUUAUCAUAAAUAUGCUGUUGAACGGGCAAGAAAUUUUGUAAGCGUUAUGGAAGGUCAAACUCGUGAUAUUACAGAGUCGUUUAAUGAAGAAAAUAAAAAAAUUGCCCGAGAAAAUAGAGAGAGGCUAUGUGCCAAAAUCUUAUUUUGCGGACGGCAGGAAUUGCCUUUGAGAGGAAAUCAAGACUCUGGUGAAAUCGGUGUUAUAGAUCCUCUACAUAAUGACGGUAAUUUUCGUGCACUACUUCGUUUUCGUGCGCAAGCUGGUGAUGAAGUACUUAAAAAUCACCUUAUUUCUCAAAGCAAUCAUUCUCGGGCUAUGUACACAUCGUCCGUCAUUCAAAAUGAAAUUAUUGAUUUGUGUGGAAAUGCUAUUCAGGAGCAAAUAAUAAAUAGAGUGAAACAAUCAGGUUUCUUUGCUGUACUUGCCGACGAAACUCAAGACAUUUCGCGUCACCAACAACUCUCACUUUGCCUUCGGUAUGUAGACUGCUCUUCUGGAAAGGCACUUAUUCGAGAGGAUUUCAUUGAAUUUAUCCACGUUGAUGAAGUAACAGGAUCAGCUCUAGCUACGAUAAUCAUCGAUAAACUUAAGUCGUUUGGAUUAGAUUUGGAGAAUUUAGUUGGCCAGGGCUAUGAUGGUGCGGCUGUGAUGAGCGGACGAUUUAAAGGAGUAAGAACAAUAAUCAUGGACAAAUAUCCUCGAGCACUAUUCGUACACUGUGUGGCGCACACAUUAAACUUAGUUUUGGGUCAUUCAUGCGAGAUCCCUGCAAUACGAAACUGCAUCGGAACUAUUAAAAGUAUAAUUAACUUCUUUCGGCAAUCUGCACUCCGGGAUGGACUUUUAAAAAGAACUGCGGACGAGAUUGGAGCACCUCAUUCAACGCUUAUCUCACUUUGUGAGACACGCUGGACAGAAAAACAUACAGCCGUCGAAAGAUUUGCUGAGAUGUUUCCUGUAGUAAAUUCCGUGCUUCAAGAACUUCAAGAAUCUGGAAGGGAAAUUGCAACCCAAGCUUACCAGUUACAAGUCGCAAUGGAAAACAGUCAAUUUAUAGUUUCACUAACUAUUUUAAGGAAGGUUUUCUCCUAUACGUCAAGCUUAAACCGAACCCUACAAAAAGUCAAUGUAGAUUUAACCGACUCUUGCAGUUACGUAAAAACAAUAAAAACCACUUUACAGAACCUUCGUAACGAACGUGAAUUCUCAAAUCUUUUUGCGGAAGCAAAAAAAUUAAUUUCAGCAGAUAUAACUGUUCCAAGAGUAAGUAGGAGACAAUUAAACCGCAAUAAUAUACCAGGGGACACUGCUGAAGUUUACUAUCGGCGAAAUAUAUUUUAUCCAUUUAUAGAACAUGUAGUGACCGAGCUUGAUGCUCGCUUUAAACCUCACGAAGAAGCAAUUUCAGGAAUUCAGUUGCUUCUACCAGAUCGCACCCAAAAUACUGAGAGAGCAAAGAAAUGUAUAGCAGGAAUCGGAGAAAUAUUUCUCAGGGAAGUUGAAAUAAAACACUUAGUAAGUGAGUAUGAGCUUUGGCACAACCACUGGUGCAAUCAAGAACAGCCGUCUACUGCACUAGAAGCUAUGGACCGAUGUGAUGAAAUUUUUUUCCAACGAUUAGGAAACUUCUUCAAAUUUUAGCAACACUUCCAGUAUCUACUGCCACACCUGAACGUACUUUUUCAUCACUUAAACGGUUAAAAACCUAUCUUAGAAAUAGAAUGGGAGACGAGAGGCUUACAGGAUUAGCUCUCAUGAGUAUUCAUCGGAAUGUGACAAUAGGUCUAAAUUCCUCAGAAACUGUAAAUAAGUUAGCUGAAAGAAGGAAGAGAAUGAAUUUAAUUUUGUAAAACGGUAUUUUAAGUUUUAAUAAAUUUUUUAGAAAUUUGUUUUUAUUAUUUUUUUCAAAGGUAUUUCAAAACCAAGCCCCGGUUUUACUUAAUUUGGAAAUUAGGAUCCCCCCCAUUA